UAGUAACAUGGAUGCGCAGUGAUAGGUCACGGGCGCUCAGGCUUUUCCAGCGGUCAUGGGGAGAGACGCUGCGGUACCCGGCGUGUUUCACAGUUCACACGCAGGUGGUGGGGGCCGAGCAUUCAUUCUUUGGGAGCCUCCGUAGUCUCGCCAUGGUCGUCCAGAUGGGGAUCUAUAUAGAACUCCCUUCCUUUCCACCAACACCAACGCCUCCCAGCAACUCUCCCACCUCUUUUAUAUAUAGUUAGCCAUGGCUUAGUUACUAGUUAUUCCGUUUGUAGGCAACCAUCUCUAGCUAGUUAACCAUAUUCAAGAACAAAAAAAGAAACACGGGAAGUGCUAGGUCACCUCUCUCUCAGAAGAAGAAGAAACACGGCAAGAAAGCGCCAGCUCAGCUGCAGGAAAUGGCUAGGGCUAGUUCGCUGCGCAACGUACAGAGAUUUCACCCCUCCGGAAGAGCGUCAAUGACUGGGGGAAACCACUUAGCAACGAAAAGCAUGGUGCAGCUGUUCAAUGAGUGGGAGAUCCAACUACUGGUGCUUGUUAGCUUCACAAUCCAGUUCUUUCUCUUCUUUGCUGGCAGCCUCCGGCGGCGUAUCAGAAACAGUGCAAUGAGAUCAUUAAUGUGGCUAGCUUACUUGGGAGCGGACGUGGUAGCAGCUUAUGUCCUAGGCCUCAUCUCGCGACAAGAGGUUUCCACUCAUCAUCUGGCUUUUUUCUGGGCGCCCUUCCUCCUCAUACAUCUCGGCGGACAAGACACCAUCACUGCUUUUGCCAUCGAGGACAACACUCUCUGGCGGCGGCAUUUGUUGAAUCUUGUUGUCCAAGCGUCCCUCACCCUGUAUAUCUUCUGGAAAUCAUUCGAUGGCGGCCCUAACAUGCAGCUUCUUGCUCCUAGCAUCCUUUUGUUUAUUACUGGCAGCCUGAGAAACGUCAGGGACUUGUCUUCUCGUUGGGAUACAUACCUUAUCUCUCCUGGCCCUGUUUCCUCUGCCUUGAGCUCAGCAGAUCUUGUGCGCACGUUUUUUACUGGCCUUAAUUGCCCCCUUCACGGUUGGGCUAUCGAUAUGUUGCGCCCAGACCUUUCAACCAGGUUAUUCGAGAUCAUGGAGAUUCAACUCGGCCUGAUGUAUGAUGAUAUCUAUACUAAGGCCCUCGUGCUUCGGACGUGGGGUUGCACCAUACUUCGGUGCAUCUCACAUCUUUCCUUUCUGGCCGCUUUUGUGCUCUUCUCUUCGGUAGUAAGAAACAAAGAAGAGAGGUGGCACUACAUUUCAUUUGACGCUGCAAUCACCUAUGGACUGUUUUUCGGCGGUUUCUCUCUUGAAGUUUCCUCAGUAUGUAUCAUCAUGAUGUCACCUCGAUCUUGUGCGUGCCUAGAUACUCGGCAUUGUAGCUUCCUUGGUUCCAUCAUUACUAGGUGUAGGCGUCCAAGGAAAAGAAGGGUGUUGUGGUCAAACUCCAUGGGUCAGUUCAACAUGUUAAACUAUUUGGGGCAGUAUGACCGGCACUCAAGUAAAAGCAUGUCUGUGAUCAGGAAACUAGCGAAUGUAUUUUGCAGGACGGCAUAUCAAAAGUUGUGGAUCAGUAAGCAGGUGGACACCAAGUUCGUGGAGGUGGAUGAGCACAUCAUGAGAUGCGUCGUCCAGAGGAUAGCUCAGUAUCGAAAUGAUGGUAGCCCCCAGCAGCAAUGGCCAACUCUUGGUCCACUGCUAGGGAAGUUAGCGCAGGAACCUGAUUCCAACUUUGAUUGUGAUGCCAUUAUCAUCCUCCAUGUAUUCACAGAGGUACAGUUGAGUACGUAUGUAACCACUGCUGCUGUGGAGAGUGAGCCUAGCGAUGCUUCGGUCCGUGGUGUAUGCCGGAUGAUAUCCCAGUAUAUGUUUUAUCUUUUGGUCACGCACCCUGAAAUGCUGCCAAUCAGGGAUAGCGACCAAAGUUAUCUUGCGUCAGUAACAAGGCAUUAUAAAAAUUUGAAGGGUGCGGAUGUUAAUGACAUCCAGCGUCGGGCAAUAUUGUACUUGACUAGAUUUGAUUUAUUAUCGGACCCCCCAGAGGAAUGCACAGAAGCGCAGCUGUUGGAGAUCCGAGAGGCAUGGGUAGGUCUGCUCCUCCAUGUCGCCAGCAAGUCGCGGCCGGAGAUGCAUGCGGCGCUGCUAGCCAGUGGAGGGGAGCUCCUUACCUUCAUCUGGCUGCUCAUGGCCCACUACGGACUUGGGGAUGUCCACGGCUGCCCCAUCGAGAUGAUGGCUGAUCGUGCACCUACUGGUCAGCGCCACUACGCCUUCUGACCUCCUCCUCAACGCUAAGCUAGCCUCAUAGGUUAUGCUGAAGCACUUGUAACGAUUUAAACCAAUCCAUGCCAUACACUUUCAUGGGUCAAUAGGAGUACCGACUCAUUCCAUUGCGCCUGCCUGAUCAAAUAACUGUGCUUCGAUCUGGUUUCCUUAUGCUCUUUACCAUUUUUCGCUUUUUUUUAGCCAAACAUGUAGGAAUUUCUUCCCACAGUGCCAAUGGAAUCCAGAGGAUUGUUGUUCCUUCUAUGUAACUAGCAAGAUGCCCGUGCAUUGCACGGAACAUCAAGAUGCAUUUUUUUACAAAACACCUGUUGUGAUUAAAUCAUGCGGGAGUAAUUACAUGUGUAAAAACUAAUGAUAUCUCAAGAAAGAGGAGAGAUAAAGCGAGGAGGAGUGGGGCGUGGUGGUGAUUGAUGGUCGGACUGAGAUGAGGCAUGGGGAUGGACGACACCGACAGU